AUGGAAGGUGGGGCAAAAAAAUUCACCUUUGAGGCUGGCUUUGAGACAGUCAUAGGAACAUUUGACAUAGAUCACAGAAUAGCUGCUGUAGCAUCAUUUGCUGGUCUACGGCGAUUCCCUGAUGGCCACAACUUCAAACAAUGGACAGGUGAUGAUUCCAAAGCACUUAUGAAGGUCUUUAUUCUGGCUAUCAAAGGCCACAUACCUGAAGACAUGCAUUCAAUGUACCAUUAUGCAGACAUGAUCCAACUCUUUGGUGCCCUGAAUGGAUUAUGCUUGUCAAUCACGGAAUUGAAGCAUAUUAAGGUGGUGAAGAAUCCUUGGCAGUGGUCUAGCAAGAACAAUGCCCUUGGACAAAUGCUUUUGACUAACCAACACCUCGACAAGCUCGCAGCAUCUUGCAUAGACAUCACUGCACGAGGCACACUUGAUGGUUCUGUAUUAUCAAGAGCUGUUACCAAUCUUCAUGAACCAGAUGUCCCUGUUGUUGAUUGCCAUCCAGAUGGCUUACAGGGAUUAGUUUUAUAUGGGGGAUAG